AUGGCAAGCAGGAGUCGCAGAACCGAGAAUUACCGGAGUACCAAGCCAGCACAGGACAAUGAUAGGCAGAUCCAUCGACCCGUCGUUCACGGUCUUCUCCACAUGCCAGGGGGGCGAUCUGAGCAUUUUGAGCCAUUCGUAUGGGCUUGCUGGCGGAAAUCGGAAGUGAGAGAAAAUCAAUUGGAGCAAAGGAUGCGAGUUCCACAAUCUAAUUACAGGGAUGGCAAGGUUAGCGUCGAGCUUCGAAGGGGAGGCCCAUUGAGCUGGGCUGAUGAGCACGAGCGGAGAGUAAAAAAGAGUAAGAAAGAACCACGACCAGCAGCGGUGACUCCACCGGAAUCCCACUUACUUGCGGCACACCAGUCCCUUCUGUCUUCCCCUCAUAUUCGGCCCGGAUGGCUGAACCAUCAUUGGAAAUCCCCUCAGCAAGCAUUGAAUUGCCGUGGUGGCUUGUUGUGCACCCUGAAUUUUCUUGGUGGUACCAGCCCUAUGGAAACUCUUUACUAUGGCGAUAUUCGCCCGAUCACGAUAUACUUACUGUAUGCGCCCCUUGCAUGCGGGCCCAAUUGGGUAAUGAUGCGAGAUACGGUGGGAAUUCGAUAA